AUGGAGGCAAUUAGGACUGUCCGCUUCACCGCCGUCAUCUCCAUCCUCCUCACAGGAUUGGGCGGAGCUCGGGAAGUGCGGGUCCAGGAGGGGCCCCUGUACCGCGUCCUAGACAACCCCAUCUCCAUCCUCUGCAAUGUCAGCGGCUAUGAAGGCCCGCCCACGCAGAACCAUUCGAGUGGUUCAUGUACCGGCCCAGCUCCCCGGACAUCUCCAUCUCCAUCGCCAGCACCAAGGACCCCCCCGACUUCGCCUACGCCGUCUUCUCCCCCCGCGUCCGCCAAGGGAGACAUCUUCAUCCGUCGCCUGAGCGGGGACAGCACCGAGCUCCACCUCCAACAGGUCCGACGCCGAGGACGAGGGCGUCUACGAGUGCUACCCCACCCCCACCACUGACUCCCGCUACCUGGGGAGCUACAGCGCCAAAGUGGCCCUGAAAGUCAUCCCAGACACCCUACCAAGUCUCCCCCAAGAUGGCGGCCAAGGUGGGGGCGGAGCUCCGCUCCCCGCACCCCGCUACAACUCCCCGUGGAGGGGCGGGAACUACAUCUGCCUUGCUCCGCCUGCCGCCGAUUCCCUGCAACACCCGCCCCACCUCUCUGUGAAACCCGGCCUCUCCGUCAGCCCCCGGGGCCCCGGUGGGUCACCCCCCCCGAUACGGAACCCCCAUCUCUCUGGGAGGGACAGGUCCCGUGCAUAGCCGUCCCAAUAGAGCAUCCGGCCCCCCCCCAGAGAUAACCUGAGAGGAGAGCCCUCCCCUGGAGAAGGUGGAGAACGGCCCUACAACACUCCCAUGGGCUCCUCCCGGCGCCCCCCCUAGGACACCCCACCUACCACCCGGGCAGCCCGCCGCACCCGGGGACGAUCCAGGACCCGGACGGAGCCCGGUGAGGUGCCACCCCGCGAAGACCCCCGGUGCUGGCCCUGCGCUCCCCACCCACCUAGCCGUAAGGAGCCCCCCUG